AUGCUUGUAAAUCACAUCAGACAUCUCCAUCUUCAUCGGUCCUCCAUUGCCUCCUCUACUCCCCAAAAACUCGCUUCUGUGAGAAUUGGUAGUUUUCAUCAUUUUUCGAAAGAUGUGGCUCGUGUGCCUGUCAUAAGGGAUGUGGAGAUUGAAUGUGCAUUUAAGGACGUGAUGGCCACAAGCCAGGAUGAUCUUCCACCAGCUGUUGUCCACGAUGUGAAGAAAGCUUUGUCUAAAAGCAUAUAUGACAAGACUAGCCAGGGUACUUUAGCCAAUGUUCUCCGAGCUGUUGAGGCAGUUGAAGAGUUCACUGGAAUUUUAACCUCUUUGAAGAUGGCAAUUGGUGAUAGCAUUGGAUUGAGUGGUGAAGAUGUAAAGCCAAUGCCUGAAGAAUUUGUUAAAGCACUUGAAACUAUCUAUAACCGCUUUGAAGCAUACCUAGAAGCGCUUGGUCCAGAAGAGAUUUACCUGAAGAAGAAAGUAGAGAAUGAGUUGAGCACAAAAAUGAUACAUCUGAAAAUGAGGUGCAGUGGCCUCAAUAAAGAAUGGGGAAAGGUCACAGUUCUUGGGACUUCUGGACUUGCCGAGUCAUAUGUCGAGCAAAGAGCAUAA